GUGUUUGAAAGAUUAUAUCUACAAUGACAAAAAUUUUCCUUUAAAGAAAUAUUUUAGCUUUUUGCAGAAAUGGGUUGUUAGCACAUAUUCUUAAGAUACACUAUAAUUAUGGAAGGAUAAUGAGAAGGGCACUAUAAUGACAGUUCAUAAGAUGUUUUUGAAAAAUGGCAUAAUAAUUAAGAGUUCAGUUUUUUAAAUAGAACCAAAGUCUAAGUAGUACAUCUUACACUUAAUAUUGUUUAGUUGGUAAGUGCGAGACCAUAGGAGGCUUCGAAUUAUGUUGGAUAAGUAAAACUUAGGGUUUAAGAAUCAGUAGCAGUCUGUAGCCAUGCUGCUGUAACUUUGUAAGAGAAUGGUAGACUGCUUUAUGGAGCUGGUGAUUACAAAGAUCCACUUUAACAAUUUUUUUCUUGCUGGCAGGUGUCCCACUGGCCUGAGGCCAGCGGCUGUGAGUGUACUGCAGCUUGUGGUUUACACCAGAGUGUAGAAAAGGCCGACACCAGCUGGUUGCACAUGAUUAAACUGAUUGCGGUCUGACAACUUGGACUGUGAUACAGAUAUGUGAUAAAUAUACAAAGUAUCUUACAAACCUGAUUCACUGACAUACUUUAUCUACUUUUUUUUCUUAACAGAUAUGAUAUCUGCACGUAUAAAAACAAGCCUUGUGGAACACUGGUUUUGGUAUGAAUCAUGAUGGAAUUGGAAAUUCCUGUGGGACCAAAGGUCAUGAAGCAGCAAAGCUAAUGGCAGCUCAUAUUACAGCAAACACCAAUCCUUUCUCCUGGUCAGCUUGCAGUCGGGAUUACAUCACCAGCUUUUUAGAUUCGGGCCGUGGUACUUGCCUUGAUAAUGAGCCUCCCAAGCGUGACUUUCUUUAUCCAGCUGUGGCCCCAGGUCAGGUGUAUGAUGCUGAUGAACAGUGUCGCUUCCAGUAUGGAGCAACAUCCCGCCAAUGUAAAUAUGGGGAAGUGUGUAGAGAGCUCUGGUGCCUCAGCAAAAGUAACCGCUGUGUUACCAACAGCAUUCCAGCAGCAGAAGGUACUCUUUGCCAAACAGGGAGCAUUGAAAAGGGGUGGUGUUAUCAGGGAGAGUGCGUACCUUUUGGCACUUGGCCCCAGAGCGUGGAUGGGAGUUGGGGUCCGUGGUCGAUAUGGGGAGAGUGCAGCAGGACCUGCGGGGGAGGAGUCUCGUCAUCUAUAAGACACUGUGACAGUCCAGCGCCUUCAGGUGGAGGCAAAUAUUGUCUUGGAGAGAGGAAGCGUUAUCGCUCCUGUAAUACUGAUCCAUGUCCUUCAGGGGCUCGUGAUUUUAGAGAGAAGCAAUGUGCAGAUUUUGACAAUAUGCCUUUCCGGGGAAAGUAUUAUAACUGGAAACCCUACACUGGAGGUGGGGUUAAACCAUGUGCAUUAAACUGCUUGGCUGAAGGGUAUAAUUUUUACACUGAACGUGCUCCUGCAGUAAUAGAUGGGACUCAGUGCAAUGCUGAUUCACUGGAUAUCUGUAUCAAUGGAGAAUGCAAGCAUGUAGGUUGUGAUAAUAUUUUGGGGUCUGAUGCUAAGGAAGACAGGUGCCGUGUUUGUGGAGGAGAUGGGAGUACAUGUGAAGCCAUUGAAGGUUUCUUCAAUGGUUCAUUGCCCAGAGGAGGAUACAUGGAAGUGAUUCGAAUUCCAAGAGGUUCUGUGCACAUUGAAAUAAGAGAAGUGGCAAUGUCAAAAAACUACAUUGCUUUAAAAUCGGAAGAGGAUGACUACUAUAUUAAUGGUGCCUGGACUAUUGACUGGCCAAGAAAGUUUGAUGUUGCUGGAACAGCUUUCCAUUACAAGAGGCCAACAGAUGAACCAGAGUCUUUGGAAGCACUAGGCCCUACUUCAGAAAACCUCAUAGUCAUGAUUCUGCUGCAGGAACAGAAUUUGGGGAUAAAAUAUAAAUUCAAUGUUCCGAUCUCUCGCACUGGCAGUGGAGACAAUGAGGUUGGCUUUGCAUGGAAUCAUCUGCCUUGGUCAGAAUGUUCUGCCACUUGUGCAGGAGGUGUCCAGAAACAAGAGGUGGUGUGUAAAAGGCUGGAUGACAGCUCCAUUGUACAAAACAAUUACUGUGACCCUGACAGUAAGCCUCCAGAAAACCAAAGAGCCUGCAAUACUGAGCCUUGCCCACCUGAAUGGUUUAUAGGAGAUUGGUCAGAGUGCAGUAAGACCUGUGAUGGAGGAAUGCGUUCACGAACAGUUCUCUGCAUCAGAAAGAUUGGGCCUUCAGAGGAGGAGACGCUGGACGCUGCCAACUGUUUAACACACCGGCCUCUUGAAAAAGAGCCCUGCAACAACCAGUCCUGCCCCCCACAGUGGGUUGCUCUGGACUGGUCAGAGUGCACGCCAAAGUGUGGCCCAGGAUUCAAACAUCGAAUUGUCCUGUGCAAAAGCAGUGAUCUUCUAAAAACCUUUCCAGCUGCGCAAUGCCAAGAUGAGAACAAGCCACCAGUGCGCAUCCGCUGCAGUUUAGGCCGAUGUCCUCCUCCUCGCUGGGUUGCUGGAGACUGGGGACAGUGUUCUGCACAGUGUGGUCUUGGGCAACAGAUGAGAACAGUACAGUGCCUGUCUUAUACUGGACAAGCAUCCAGUGAGUGUCCAGAAACUCUCAGACCUCCAUCAAUGCAGCAGUGUGAAAGUAAAUGUGACAGUACUCCCAUUUCCAACACAGAGGAGUGCAAAGAUGUGAACAAAGUGGCUUAUUGCCCACUGGUGCUGAAGUUCAAGUUCUGCAGUCGAGCAUACUUCAGACAGAUGUGCUGCAAGACCUGCCAAGGACACUGACCCACAGGAAGCAGAAGAAUGUGCCUUGUUGUUAUCAUUGUGGAAGAGUGUCCAUCGAAGAGAGCCACACAGUGGAAUAAGAUUGACGUCCUUGCAAAUGCAUUACCCUGUGGAAAACAUAACCACUGGUCAGCCCCAGCUGACAGGAUUUCAAUAUUAUUUUAACUUCUGUGAAGUGGGAUUUAUUAAUCCAAAGUGCUGGACACAGUAUGAGGGGAUCCCAAAUUUGAAAGAUUCACACAACACAUAUAGAUAGAGUAGCUUACUGUGGAACAUUUGUGUUCUUUUGACUAAAUCCAGUAGUCUGUUUACAUCCAUGGACCAUUAAAAUAACUUUUAUUAUGGACUUAGCAAUGACACUGAAUCCAUUUCUAUUUAAAACUGUUUAAAAUGUAGUUCUUAUGAGUUGGUUUACUAUGGAAGUAAAGAAGAAUCAAAAAAAAGUUUAGUCAUAGCUUAAAAAUCUUAACUAUUUUAUCUCUUGACACAGCACCACAAUUUAAAUUAUAAAAUGAGCUUGGAAAUGUUAUUUAAGGAGCAGAAUUUUUUUAGAAAAAAGGUAUUUUUCCUUCAUUCCACCUAUUUCCCUUUGGAGUAAUCCAUAUUUCCUGAACACUGCUGUGAGCCAUAUAUAAAGCUAUACUAAAUAGAACAACCAUGAGGGACUUAGUUUUAAGAGGUGCAACAGUUAUUGCAGUGGUGCGUGAAAUACAAGUGUGCUAUGAAACAAAAUGCAAUCUUCACUGCAGGUUUAUAGCCAUCUUACCAUUGUACAAGUGAAACAGAUCUCCACUGAAAGGAACAUAUUUCAGUAUCAUGGGGGAGGCAGGCCCCAGCAGUGGUGAAGACUGGAUUGCCAGUUCCUUCACUGCUAUCAUAAAGGUUGCUUAGGACUUACACUUUGACUCCAGCUCACUUUUGUUUACAACACCAGCCACAAAGAAGAAACAACUUUGUGGGCUUCUAGAUCUGGUUUACAUGUUAGCUUUGAUUCUCCAAAACUAAGGAAUUUGAAUGCAAAAGAUAAGCCUACUGUGUAAUAGCAACAAUCCUUUGCAAAGCUGAAAGAUAAAAUGGAUUCCAGGUGUUCCCUCCUUUGAUACCAUAGCAGAGGUAUUGUUUAUGAGAAGGGAUAUGUGAAUGUUCUAUUCAGGAGACUGCAUCUGAGUGGCAAGGAUUGCAACCAAAGAAUAAGUGACUCAUGGAGGUAUCUAGGUUCUGUUCAAAUGAGAAGUCAGAAUUGUGUGCUCAAGCAAAGAGGCCUGUUGGACUAUCAGGAGUAAGGCACACUGGAAAAGGGAUGGCUGUAGUGAAUUCUGGCCACCUUCUCCUAAAUGGCCAGGUACCUAUGUGAAGCUGGACCAUAUGUAAGCAAGGGGCAGCUUUCAAUAUGAGACUGGAACAAAUUCAUGCCAGUAAAUUAGAAGCUAGAUGCCUUAACUAUUCACUGCCAUGCUCCACUUAUUCAUAUUACCCUUUUUUAAUAUUCACCAAAUACUUUGCAUUUUUAAAAGUGAAACCAAACUUCUUAGGCAAGUCACAAUCAGGAAUAUAACAUUAAAAAGUUAACUGUCAUGCUCCUCUUCCCCUUCACUUUUCAGUAACAGUCUCAACAAGGAGAUGAGAAAAGUAGGUAUUUCUUUAUAACAAUAUAUUGUACUUGAACAUUUGCAUUUUGCAACAGGUACUUCAUGAAUGUGAUUAUGUAUCCAACUAUGACUCCUUUGUUGUAAAGCAGUUAAAAUUAUGUGAACAAUAAUGUGUUACAAAUUCUAACUCAAAUAGCACUUUUAAAAAAAAGAUAAUCUUUUCAGUGAAAAAUAAUUUCAAAAUAUGAGAUUGAAGUGUACUAAUGUAUUUUACCAAUAACAAACCAAAUAUGUUGCACACUACUUACUAAUGUGAAUUAACAUGAAACAAUAGAUACUGUUAAGAGGACUCAUACUAUGAAAUUCUCCCAACAUAUUGACAAUCUGUCAAGGGGUUUUGUAUGUCUGUACUCACGACCAUCAAAUUCCUGUCAUCUGCUACCUCUUGCCAGUAUUUCCACUUCUGUACACUUGUGACCAGUGGAAUUAAUUUUCAGUUGGUUUGCAUGUAUUCACAUAUGCUUGUUAUCUGUUGCUCUCAUCACCAUGUAAACAGCUCCUGUUAAAACUGACACCAGUUGGUAAAAACAUCCCAAAUUUUUGGGAGUUGCACAUGGGGAUUAAGGGCAGUACAUAGUUGUUGUCUGUUAAGUGAAUUGACUUCCUGUAUCUUUUUGACAGAACACCUUGGUGCUAACAUGCCCUGGUUAGAUCAGAAGUAUGAUGAAAGGGUAAGGGGUUGUUAUGACAUUCCCUAAGCAAGAGGCCUCUUUGUCUCAAGGUCCAGUUUUCUCCAGGGCAUGAUUUUGUUUAUCAGCUAAUGUGUCAUUUCAGCUAAUGAGAAAAGGGUUUUCUCUGUAUUGAAAACAAGCCCUUUUUUUUUACCUCACUUAGGAAAUGAAAAUUGUAAGGAAUGUUUCCAAAGACACAUUUUGCUCUCUUACUGGUGCUAGAACACCGGGGAUUCUGAUGUUUACUCUGCAAUAUAACAGCACUGAGGUUGGAAUUUAAAGAACUGCCUGGAGCAAUGUUGAAUUGUAUUGUUAAAGGGAACAAAACACAGAAUGUAUAUGGAUUUGCAAACUAAGCAACACUACAGACUAUGACUGAAAUAUGAAACCUAAUUCAAAGAAAAAUAAUUGGUUUCAACAGCACAGUUCAUUGCUGCUGCUACACUGUAGCCAUCUAUAUAAUCUAAGCUAAAUAGUGUUAUAUUCCUAAAUAAUGACAAAAGGAGUCUUUGUGCAGGCUAUAAAUAUGACAGACCUAGAAUCAAAUAGUACAAUACAAGAUGCAGAAACCUGGUGCCAGUACUUCUGCUGAGCAAUACUAUCAGCUGAUAACGAUCAAAAGAGAAAUAAAAAUCUAAGAUUUAUCCUUCAAGGUGUAUACAUCCAAAAUAGUCCAUUUCAUUAGGAACUUUAUAAAGGAGUGAAUGUCACAUAGAUAUCCUUAAUAAUACAGACUGAAAUUACCUUUGUAUUAUUGUGAUUAGUUGCUUAUUAUUUUAUACUCAGUAUUAAUGUGGUACACUGUUACUUUAUUAUUAUUUUUGCUUUUGUAAAUUAUAUUCUAAUUUAUUGUCAUGUUUCUUAACACUUGUUCUACAUGCAUUCUCCUGCUUGUAAUAAAAACAGAAAUAUUGUAACACUUGAUGCAGUGAAAUUCCAUACCAGGCACAGAUUUGUUUUUAACAUAGAUAAUUUAGUAAAAUAAAAGUGCAGCUUUUAAGAUUGAUAUCCAUGGUACAAUUGUCUCUUCCCUGACUUACAGUUAUUAGAAUUCUGUAUGCUUAAUGUCUGCUUCAUCCGAUGCAUCAAAAUAUUUAUAAGGUGUCUUCUUUGAAGUAACAUCUAUGUUAUGCUAGAAUCCUGUCCUGGGCAGCAGCAAUAUUUGUCAUAUAUAUGCAAAUAAGGAAAUAACAAAAAGGAAAAAUCAAUAAUGUGGUCAUGUACAUUAUUAAGUAAUAUUUUAACCUAAGCAGUGAUGUAGAUCAAGAAUGAAAUUAUUGGCAGCAAAAAUAUUCUGUACUUCUUGGAAUUAUUUCAUUUACAGCCAGUCAAUAAUAACAAUAAAAUGUCCUUCUUGCAUUGAGCUUUUAAGGUUUUAUCUGAAGUUUAUCUGAAGCCAUGGUGUUUUUAGAUAUAAAGAAGAAAGUAAUUUCAGUAGACUUGGUGCUUGGGUAACUGUUGCCAAUAGAUGCUUCCUUUCUUACCUGGCACAGUGCAAAU